AUGCCGAAUACCCCUACCCCCACCCAAGAACGUUUACAAAACAGCCACCCACGACAACCACCAAAACAUCCCAAUCCCCCAAUCCCACGACCUCCAAUCCCCAAAAUCGCCCUACGCAUCCCCCCUCCAGACCCCAUAAUCCGUCCUCACCAUUCAAUACUAAAUAAAAAACACAAUAAACACACAAACGAACCCCCCCAACAAAUACCACUACAAUUCCAAGACUUCACUCUCACAUUCUUCCAAAUAGGAAAAAAUAAAUCUCCCAUACGCAUCACCAUCACCAAAAUCCUCAAAAUGGUACCAGUAGAAGGAAGAGCAGUUUGGGAAUGUAUUCUUCCAGACGGAGAUGUCGCCGUGAUUAAAUACUGGGCUAAGACAUAUCUUAAAGCCUUUGAAGCAUUCAAAAAAACACUCUACACCUACUACCUCUUCCCCACCGGUGCCCCCUUCCUCCCUUCCCUCCACAACUACGGCGAAAUAACCCACCCAAUCCCCCCCGGAUACGCAAUAAUCCUCGAAAAACGUCCAGGAAAACUACUAUCCCUUCGAAACCCCCACUCUAAAUCCUCACUCCUAAACAUAGAAAGGCAUUUAAAACUUUUUUUUGGAAUGUUAAAGGAUAAAGGGUUUAAACACACGAUGGUGUAUUAUGAUAAUCUACUUUGGGAUGAAAAGAGUGAUAUGGUGACUGUGAUGGGGUGGACUGGGUUGGAUAGGUUGUGGAAGGGGGAGGAGGUUGAUAAAAAGGGGGUUGAGAGGGGGUAUGAUAAGGAAUUGUUUUUGAAGAUGUGGACUGGGAAGAUGAUGUUUGUGGAGAAACCGGUGGAUGUGAUGGGUACGGGGUUUGUGGGGGUUGUUGUUAAGGAGGAUGGGAAGAAGAAGAAGAUGUGGUUACCGAGGUAG